AUGGCGUCUCUGGGUGGUGGGAAAAUAAUGGGGAAAAACAUGGCAUCAAUUUCCACGACGAUUUUACUGCUAAUAUGGAGUACAGAAUUUACCAUUGGCAGCAUAAGAGUCGACGAAAACCGGGAUAACAGUGAAGCUGAACUCGCCGGUGGAUCGAGAAAAUUUCGCACAGAAUUCCUCCAGGAGUGGCCAACGCCAGGAACUGGGCCUUAUUUUGAUACCUCCGUUCCAACCAACAUCACCGGAUUGGUCGGCAAGACGGUGCUGCUAAACUGCAAGGUGAAAAACCUCGGCAAUCGAACGGUUUCCUGGGUCCGGCAUCGAGACAUUCACCUGCUCACAGUCGGCCGCUAUACCUACACCUCCGAUCAACGGUUCGAGGCCAUGCAUUCGCCACACACGGAAGAGUGGACCCUCAGGAUUCGGUACGCCCAGCGCAAGGAUUCUGGCAUUUACGAGUGUCAAAUAUCGACCACGCCACCCAUAGGACACUUCGUGUAUCUCACGAUAGUGGAACCAGUGACAGAGAUUAACGGAGGACCUGAUUUAUUUAUCAAUAAAGGCUCGACUAUAAAUCUCACCUGCAUCGUGAAGUACGCGCCCGAGCCGCCGCCGGCCGUCGUUUGGAAACACAAUCGCGAUGACAUUAAUUUCGACUCGCCCAGGGGAGGCAUUUCGCUCGUCACUGAGAAGGGCAUCCUGACAACGAGCCGGCUGCUGGUGCAGAAGGCCAUCGCGAGCGACUCCGGCCUGUACACCUGCGAGCCCUCGAACGCUAAUCCGGCCUCCGUGCGGGUGCACAUACUGAACGGAGAACACCCCGCGGCUAUGCAUCACGGCAUCUCCACCAUCCUGUCCGGCCCGAGCUUGGUCGCGUUCGUACUGUCGACCAUUUUGCUCUUCUAUCAUCACAGUAUUCGGUGGAAGGAAUUUCGGCUAACGUAG